AUGAACCUUGAUGCUGCUGAGAUACAAGAACCGCGAAAUCCAUUGGCGUUGAAAAAUCAGCAAGGAUUGGACAGCCAGCUAUCAGAAAGCGGAGACCAGUUAAAACAAUGCACCGUCACUGGCAAAGUUUCAAACCGCAAGAGGGUCCAAGUGGAGGCAGAGGAGACCAGAGAAGUGGAGAAGUUAGAUUCGAGAAGAGUUCUCAUAUUAACAGAAUUUUUGCGGUAUUAUUGUAUCAAGGAGCUAGGUAUGAAUAAAUGGGAAGCUGCUAUGGAAAUAACCUCAGUCCCAUCAAUAAUAAGCACGCGAUUAGCAGCAAUUCGAUAUGAACCAGCAAAGAAAUUAAAUAGGAGUAAAAAGCGAAAGAAGGAUAGUCAAUCAGUUAAUCCUAAUACCCAGGAUAAUGAAACUGAGCCGCUCGAUGGUGAUUAUGAAAUCAUUGAUAUCAUGGAAAUUGAUGAUACGGAGUUAGAUAUAAAUAAUGUAACCAUGGAGAAUACUAUGAUUCUAAGUGAUUUUAAUUUUAGUCAAUAAAGUUUUAUUUAGCUUA